GUCGAUUGUUUCUCUUUCUUCCGUUCGGACGUAUUUCUGGAAGUUCUUUUGUUCUUUGCUCUCUAAUUGCAGUCAAAUCGCCUUCCCCUCGCAUGAAAAACGUAAAUAUUUUCCUUUUGUGUUUCCAUUUUUUCAUCGUGUUUCUGAUUCGGAGCAAAUGUCCUCUUCCCACUCCCGUAAAAUGUAUUCUGCCUGAUGAGUCUGAUGGUGCCAUAAAAUAACAGUAAUGGAAAAAAGUGAACAGCUAGCAGUCAAAUCGAGAACUGAAAAAGUGAAAAAAGUUAAUGCAUACGCAUCAAAGUAGGCUACCAUUUGCUGUCGUUGUGUCAUAUUUUCCUUCCUUCCUCUAUGUGCGAGGUUUUUGGGUUCAAUUGUUAGAAAAUCAAGCAGUGAUCGAAAAGAGGAAAAAAAAUCCCGUGCUUGGAAAUCGCCAUUAAGAUAAGUUUGGAAAAGUUGGUUCUUCCUCAAAGAAAGGAACCAUUGUUGUGAAAAUUGUGGUUGGGUGGAAAUUGGGUACGGAAAAAGUUGAAAGUGGCUGCUCCUGCUGGUGACGAUUAUGACUAUAAAACCAGUAAUCAACCAAAAGCAGUCGAAGGACGAUAGCCAGGAGGGGACCACAUCCCAAAAUUUGGUCAACAAUACGGGAUCCGUAGUUCGACAAGUUACACAUCGGAAUGUGGUUCUCAAUCAGCUGUCGACGUCAGAGAAUCAGCCCCACCCGAGGGAAAAACGGGUUCAUACUCCGCACAGCUUUGACAACGAGACGGUUCGUUUGAGAAGGAGCCCGCACAAAAACCUUGGGCGCCCGAAGCGCGAUCAUCACCAUAAACGGGAAAAUAGAGAACGUGACAAGAAUGCUUCACCCAGCAACUAUCAAUCUGGACUUCCAUCGGUGAGCUGCAAAAAACAAACACCGGCUACCUGUGCAAGUCCUUUGGCGAAUGCCGGGGGACGCUCUCCGAAAAGCACUCUGACGCCCGGCACUGGCCUUAGUAGCACCCCCAGUUCCAGCGCAAGUUCAUCAAACAACUUGAAGAAAGUCGUUGAAGACACUCUUUCCGGUUAUAACAGUGGCGAUGAACACGUUGGACAGAAAGACGCACAGUUGAGUCCUGACGAAUGGAAAAAACGCGAUGAUGCUUUCGUUAAGAUAAUGUCCGAUCGUGGUUUUAUAUUAAAAGAAAUGGAAGAAGAUGGUGCGUGUCUUUUCCGAGCUAUUUCGCUUCAAAUUUACGGAGAUCAAGAUAUGCAUGAGGUUAUCAGACAACAAACUAUGGACUAUAUUUUCCAAAAUCGUGAAUAUUUCGCACAAUUUGUGACAGAAGACAUCACAAACUAUGUGACCAGGAAGCGAUUGAAUCAUGUUCAUGGUAAUCACAUAGAAAUCCAAGCAAUGUCAGAAAUGUACAACCGUUCGGUGGAACUUUAUUGUUAUCAAUUAGAACCAAUCAACAUAUUCAAUUCCGAUCAGAUUAAUAACGGAAAUGAGCCGUUACGGUUGUCUUAUCAAAGAUGCUCACACUACAAUGCUAUUUUGGAUCCGUACAAAGCAUCGGUUGGUGUCGGUCUGGGUUUAGCUGGUUAUAGACCUGACGAACUGGACAUCAAGCAAGUCGAAGAAGGUGUACGGAUGAGCGAAGAUUUAGAAAUAGAACAGACAAUGCUUGAAGAUAAGCUCAAAACAACGGAUUGGGAAGCUACUAAUGAAGCUAUUGAAGAGCAGAUAGCCAGAGAAUCUUAUUUACAAUGGUGCCGAGACAACAUGCGCAAUAAUACCGCCAAAAACAACAAAAGCACUAGUACAGUUACAUCGGCUGAAGUCGGAAGUGGAGCUGCUGGUAUUGGCGGAUGUUGCAGUACUGCUGUUAGUCCUGAUAAAUCUCCUAAACAGUGUCUCGAUGCAUCUCCGUCAACGUUUUCAGAAUCAUUGUUGCGUGAAAUGCACAAUUCAGCUUCGCCAUCGCCCUCUAACAUUUCAUUUAGUCAAGGAAGUUGUUCGUCCAGCUCCAAGAACAACUCAUUCGAAAUGGAUAAUUCGAUACCUGAAACAUCCCACUCUAUUCAGUACUAUUUUAACAGUUCGAACCGCAGAAAGAAGCGAAACUUGAAUUCGCCCAUUGAAAACCCAAGUACAGAAGUACAACCCAAAAAAUCAAAACUUUUCACGGGUCGUCAAACAACAUCUGAUGCUGACAGCGGAGCCAGCACCUCUGGUACCGCUAAAUGCGGAAAUAAAUCUUCAGAACCGGUUUCGGAAUUUUAUCAAUCGUUGCUGGAAUCUUCUUACACCGAUGAUGGCAGUUUUGGUCAGCUGAGUGAAAGUGAAAUGAUUCAAAAGGCCCUAGCUGAAUCAGCAAUGGAUUUCGUGAAGAGAAGUGACCGAUCCAAGGGAAGCAAUCAAGAAGACAAAUAUGGCACAACAGAUGAAGAGUAUGAUUCGCCUUCGCCUUAAAUUAGCAAUAUUAUUUUCAGGGGAAUCGUUUUUUUCUGAUCCGGGAAAAAUUUAUCCCUCUGUAUAUACAGUUAUCACCUAUUAAUUAGGAGGAAUUGAACUUAUCAGUUCCAAGCAACAUCGAUGGCGUUUCAGGACACGUUAAUGAUUCUCAUUAGUACCGAUACUAUUUCCGUCGCUAUCGCUAGGCUUCAAAAUCGAUUCGUUUUAUUCGUUUAGUUUUUUUUUGCGUAAACAGGCAAAGAUAAAUAACAUGUAACCAUAACAGAAUGGAUAGUUUUAGUACGAUCACUACCAAUUUAUCUUCAGAUUAAAAAUAAAUUUGCUAAUAUCUUAGUUUUAGUACCUAAGUGAUUUAAUAACUACAAAUCACAGAAAUAAUGUAAAGCACAUGCAUAAGAAUAUGAUCCGCUUGAUUUCUGGCGUGUAUAAAUAUGUUUGAAUAUGA